UAUUAGUCUUCAGUGGGAGGAGAAUCAUUUACACAGUGAGGAGCUAUUUACACACGUCGUUUCCACUGUAACGAAGUUGGACUGAGGUAGAGGCAGCUUUAUCCGGAUAGUUUGUAUCUCCCUGUUAUGGAGGUUUUACUGGACACCCGCAGACAGAGAAAACUCCUCAUCCUGUACCUAUUUAUUGGGACUGUUGCAGCGGAAUGUUCUAAACCUGAACCUGGAAUGAACAUGGUUCUCACCGACGAAUCUCUCCUAAAAAAUGAAUUCCUAGAGGGUUCUGAGGUCACAUUACAGUGCAGCAAUGGAUAUGAAAAUGCAAGUGGCUCUGGGAUCAUGAACUGCAUUGAUAACAAGUGGACUGAGCCAGAUCUCAACUGCAAGAAGAAAGACUGUGGUUUGCCUAAAGCAGAGCCACACAUGGAAUUUAAUAUCAGCCAGGGUACUCUGUUUGGUUCAGUGGUUAAAGUAACCUGUGAAGAAGGUUACCAGAUCAGUGGAUCAAGCUUCAAACAGUGCCUUACAAAAGGGUGGUUUGGAAAGGCAUCAUGUAACAUUGUUACUUGUUCCAAACCAAUCGAAGUGGAAAAUGGCGAACAUUCUUGGAAGAGUGACAAUAAACCAGAAUAUCAACAAACUAUACAUUUCACAUGUAAAGCAGGAUACACCAUGCUUGGGAAUCAAACUAUUCAGUGUACCAAAACCGGCAAAUAUGAUUCUGAGCCUCCACAAUGCAUUGGUUUGACCACAGAAGGCAAAAUUACAACAAACAUUAUUACAACUGCUCCCACAACAACAGAACAAGAAACAUCCACUGCUAAUGGUAUGACUGUCACACCAACUUUUCACAAAGCCACAACUGUCACAGCUAGACCAUCCACAAAUAUCUCAACACUGAAACAAGGUUACAGAAUAAGAUCAUCUGAGGAAACUAAUACUACAGCCAGUACUUCAAAAAAAGAACAGAAUAUAGAGACUUUAAAUAUAAACAAAGAUAAAGGACAUGCAGCUGUUAUAAUCAGUGUGGUGGUUGUUACAAUAGUACUCUGCCUAGUUGCAUUCUUUUUAAAGAAGUUUCUUAUGAGAAGAAAAGGCUCAUAUGACACUGGAGAAGACCUGAAGCCGGAGUUAUUACAGUUCCAAAGUCUUUAAGUGUCCUUCUUCAUUCAGAUCUGUUGGGAAUGGGCCCAUCUGUUAGGACAUCUACUGCAGAUGAAGGAUUGCCAAACUCUGAGUGCCUUACCAACUAGCAUUGGACAAAACAAGUGGCUUUCAUUUAUAGUUUUAUUUUUGCACUUUUAAUAGAAGACCAAACCUAUUGUAAUACUAUUGUAUUGUGUCAAAGCUUAAUAUUUAGAACCACUUUUUUAUAGUCAUUUUUGUAAUUCGUCUAAGUAAGUUGUAAAUAUUUUUGUAUGUACUAUUUAUGUUGUAAACCAUUUUUCUACAUAUGUUAUAAAUUAUUUCAGUAAUUUAAAGAACACACAGUUUAAAGUUCUUGAGAAAGCUUUAUCCUUUGAGCUUCUAGGUUUUCCUGUUGUGUUCCAUUUUAUCACAACAGAGACAUAAUACAAGUUGUUCAGGAAGGACACAAUGGAGUUAAUUCAGUUUACAGUCUGCUUUGGAGGCUGGUGAAGAUACUAUCUGUUAUUCGCCUCCUGACUUGUCUUUCUUUUCAUAAUUGUUUAUUGUUCUCGGGUGGUUUUAUCUACUCUGCAGAACAACAGAAAUCCUUUUCAUUGAGAAAGAUUCCAAAACAUCACUGCAAUGUAACAUUUUCAGAUAAAAAAGGGGGAAAAAAUCCAAUUUUUAACAAUAAAGUAAUGUAUAUAAAAAUG